AUAUAUAUAAAAAAAUAGACGAAACAAAAGAAAAUCAAAAAAGAAAACCUAAACAAAAUAUCAAAACGAUGGAAGAAAACAAGACGACGACGACGACGGAGAUGAACGAGAAUCUGAUCACCUCCUUCCUCGAGAUCACAUCAUCAUCACGAGAAGAAGCUGCUUUCUUCCUCGAAAGCCACCGUUGGGAUCUCGACGCCGCCGUCUCCACCUUCCUCGACACCGACGCCACAGCCGCCGCAGCCGCCGCCGCAGACGAUCUCCCAGCCGGUCCAAACCCUAGUUUACCUCCUCCUUCGAUCCCCGCCGCGUCUCCUCACUCUCCGGAUUACUCUCCGUCUGAAUCCUCUCCUUCUCGCUCGCGAUCUCCCUCUCCUCCUUCCCGCGACGCUCCCUACCGUCUCCGAUCGAAAGCCGCCGCCGCCUCCGCGAAUCAAGGAGCUGGUGGUAAUCCAUCGGGAAGCCGUACUACUAGGAGCCGUCAACAAGCUGGGAACAUCCGUACGUUCGCCGAUCUGAACCGUUCCCCCGCUGACGGCGCGGAUAGUGAUUCCGACGAAGGCCAAGAGUACUAUACUGGUGGACAGAGGAGUGGGAUGAUGGUUCAAGAUCCUACUAAGAAAGCAAAAGAUGUUGAUGCACUCUUUGAGCAAGCUAGGCUUUCAGCUGUGGACAGGCCUGUUGAGCCAUCGAGAUCAGCUUCUACAAGCUUCACUGGAGCUUCUAGGAUGUUAUCUGGUGAGCCUGUUCCCUCUGCUACUCCUCAGCAGCAGCAGCAGCAGCAGCAGCAGCAAGACCAGCCUCAGUUGGUUAUGCACACCAUCACUUUCUGGAGGAAUGGUUUCACCGUUGAUGAUGGUCCUUUAAGGAGUUUUGAGGACCCCCAAAACGCUGCCUUUAUGGAGAGCAUUGCGAGGUCAGAGUGUCCCCGUGAACUUGAACCAGUAGAUAGGAAUAUCCGUGUUCAUGUUGAUCUCGUCAAGCGUGACGACAACUACAUAGAGCCACCAAAGCCGAAAAACUCAUUCCAAGGUGUGGGAAGAACCCUAGGAGCCAGCGGAUCCGGAUCAGCUGCAGCAGAACCACAAGCUCCAUCCGCGCAAAUGAACACCGCGCCAGCACCAUCAGUAGGGCUAGUUGUGGACCAAGCAGCACCAACAACCUCGAUCCAGCUAAGGUUGGCAGACGGGACACGCCUUGUAUCCAGGUUCAACAACCACCACACGGUGAGAGACGUGCGUGGGUUCAUCGACGCUUCGAGACCUGGUGGCUCCAGAGAGUACCAGUUGCUAACCAUGGGGUUCCCUCCUAAACGGUUGACAGAAUUGGACCAAACCAUCGAGCAAGCUGGUAUAGCUAACUCGGUCGUCAUCCAGAAGUUCUAGGCUUUAUUCAGAUUCAAAGACCCAUUCAGUUUAUGUCUUUCUUUGCUUGUUAUCAAUGACUCAACUAUUUGGUCACCAUUAGGAUUUGGAUAAUUUGAGAGAAUCAUCAAAAUCUCUUCUUUUUUAAAAAAAAAUUCACUUUCUGUGCAAA